GACUGAGAAAAACUUUUAAUUCAGUUUUUGCCAAACACACUCAUAAACGCUUUUGGUAGUAAGAAAAUACUUUUGGCCCUUUCAAAAGCCUCGUACUUAGUUCGAUAUGAUCAGCUAACAAGCAAGAGAUAAACACUUGUCAGUAAACCAAAUCUACUCAACUUCUCUUUCGAAGAAAAAUUGUAACGCCCAUGGCAUGCAUGAAAAGCCUAACCCAGAGAAGAGGUAGGGAGUAGGGAGCAUGCAAAGGAUGCUCAACCUUCCCAUAUCAGAACAAGAAAAAGCACAAGUUCAUUCCACAACGGCUUCUCAUCUUCACGCCAAAAAUCCCCUCAUCUCUUUGGAUCAUAUCUUCCAUUGUCAACUAUAAAUACCCCUCAAACCCUACAUACCAUAACCUACAUAUCAAUUUAAGCUCACGAUUAGGGUAACUAAACACUCCAGCACUUCAUCAAUUAAUAUCGAAAAUCGAACGUACGAGAAAAAUGAAGGGAGUUGUUGUAGCGGCGGUGGCGGUGGGAUUGGCCAUGUUGGUCUUGGUUGAACCGGGGCAUGCCAUGGUCACUUGCCAGCAAGCAGUGUCAUCUCUGACUCCUUGCCUUCCAUAUCUCACCAGCGGCGCUGAAACCCCGCCUGCGGCAUGUUGCAGUGGGGUUUCGGGUCUGAAACAGCUCACUCAAACCACCGAAGAUAGGCGUACAGCCUGCCAAUGCCUUAAGGACACGGCAAGUCAGAACCAAGGCAUUAGGGAAGAUGCUGCUGCUGGUCUCCCUGCGGCGUGUCAAGUUCAAAUCAACGUUCCCAUUUCUAGGAGCGUUGACUGCAACCAGUAA